AUGCGCCAUAUUUCAUCUGAAGAACUCUAUGACAUUUUUGGCAAGUACGGAGCGAUACGACAGAUUCGUAUGGGCGUUAAUAAUGACACCCGAGGGACAGCAUUUGUUGUCUAUGAAGACAUUUACGAUGCUAAGAACGCAGUGGACCAUUUAUCAGGUUUCAAUGUCUGUGGACGGUAUCUUAUUGUUCUUUAUUACCAGGCUAAUAAGAUGCAACAACGCAAGAGUGCGGCCGUUGACUUUGACAAGCAAAAGCAGGAAUUGCAGGACCUGAAGGCCAAGUACGACGUUGAGUAG